AUGCAAUGUCGUUACAAGGCCACGGCCGAGAAUGUUCAUGGACGGGCCACGUGUUCUGCUUACAUCGGCCUUGAAGGUCUCAGUCCGAUGUUGUCGCCGGCAGCCUCAUCUACGACCAGCUUGCAUCGGCUGGUCACUGCUUCGGGCGCCGCUGGUCAGCCCGCACGAUGGUCCCGUCCGUCGGGACGGCCGCCAUCGUCACCCAGUCCUUCUGUCGUUUCGUCGGCAACUCCACAGCGAUUCGGCAGCUCAGCUGCGCCCGGACUGAUGAUGACCACAAGUAGCAUCUACCCUCUGCGCACCGGCGUGUCGCCGACACCACCACGAACGCUCGUUUCCAAGCCGACCUCGGCGGUACCUACAGAAGGCGAUUUUGCAUCUCGGUUUCCCGCUGACAGUGGUGGCCUUUUGACCCCCACAAGCUUGUCUCCCUUUCAUAAACGUGGAUGGCGAGAGACUUCAGCGCCGCCUCCGAGUUUUCAUGUUCGGUCCAUGGCUUCGUCUACUCGAAUUCUGAAAAUCGCAUCAAGACGCAGAACACCGCCUGUGGAGUUAACAUUCAGACUGCCAAAAUCUAGGGAACAAACACCAAUUAGGAAAUCAGAGGUGAGCUAUGCCUCCCAAUAUUGUCAUCGGCCGGAAAUGGCAGACCACUGGGUCGAAUUGGUCGGCUACACAAGCCGACAUGAAAUUCUACAGGUGUCUACAUUGGUUGACUCACACAUUCCUCCACGUGGUAUGGUAAAGCACAGCUCAAGCGUGCAGCACAUUCAUCAGAUCCACGUAACUCCAAUGAGGCCUCAAUACGAAGCUCGGCUCGAUCGUCGCGUCUCCAGUCACCCUCGACUGUCGCCCGGCUACGCCUCCGACGAAGAGACUCAUGAGCAUCCGAUACAGGUGGUACCGAUGGUGCGUCGCUAUCACUCCAGACUGGACAUCUCCAUGGCGGCCAGGCCCACUCUGGAGCCGGCAUUCGCGACAGAAGCCGACAUCGAACAGCCCCUGCAUGUCGUCCCUAUGAGGAAAGAGUACCGCACUGAGAUUGCCCAACGACUCGCCGGCCGGCCAUAUCUGGAGCCGGGCUACUCCUCCUCCGAGGAGUACGAGAACCCGAUGGAAGUGGUGCCAAUGGUCGAGAAGACGGACUUCCGGACCCAAAUUAAGAAACGGGUACCCUCCAGACCGCUACUUCGCGAGGCCUAUGAGAGCACAUAUGAGUUCAUGCGAUCAAUAGAACUAAGACGGCAGAGCUUUGAGACCACCUUGAAGGCGAGUGUACCCUCGAGGCCAGAAGUACUUUUCGGGUUUGAAUCUCGGAUGGAUCGAGAACUUUCCAUGGAUAUCUGCCCCGUUGUACCUGAGGAACGCCGUUUCACCAGCGAACUUAAACAGGAAUUUAAAUUGCAAUAUCGGCCAGUUGAGGUGGUUCUUGAGAUGCCUACGCCGCCACAAUUCAUAGAACAGCUGCGCAGCAUCACUGCCGAGGAGGGCGCUCGAGUCGUACUUGACGGAGUGGUACAAGGACGGCCAGAGCCUCGCAUCUCUUGGUACCGCGCCGGGCGUGAGAUAAAGGACGCUCCAGAUUUCCGGCUGGACUAUUCGGGUGGCCGUGUGACAUUAACCCUAUCAGAGGUAAGCCAUAUCCAUUUCGGUUAA